UGAGGCACCGGAGCCGGACACUCAGUGGUUUCUUGGUGACACUAGCCGGAACAGCUCGAGCCUUGCCACCUCUGGUUUCUCACCGCGGCUUGGACGGUGGGGUUUUGCCAGUGCCAGAGCGACGUCUCAGACUUUCACCUCCCAGACCUUGGCAGAUCACCCCCUCAGCAGGGUUUGCACAUCGCUGCCGGCAUGAAGCUGGUUCCCGUCGCCCUCAUGUACCUGGGCUCCCUGGCCUUCUUGGGCGCGGACACUGCACGGCUCGACGUGGCGUCAGAGUUCCGAAAGAAAUGGAAUAAGUGGGCUCUAAGUCGUGGCAAGAGGGAACUUCGGGUGUCCAGCAGCUACCCCACAGGGCUCACUUACGUGAAGGCCGGGCCAACCCAGACUCUCAUUCGGCCCCAGGACGUGAAGGUCGCCACUCACAACCCCCAGGCCAGUCCGGACGCCGCCCGCGUCCGAGUCAAGCGCUACCGCCAGAGCAUGAACAACUUCCAGGGCCUGCGGAGCUUCGGCUGCCGCUUCGGAACGUGCACGGUGCAGAAACUGGCGCACCAAAUCUACCAGUUCACGGACAAGGACAAGGACGGCGUCGCCCCCAGGAGCAAGAUUAGCCCCCAGGGCUACGGCCGCCGGCGCCGGCGCUCCCUGCCCGAGACUGGCCCCAACUGGACUCUGUCCCUGGAGCCACAGGCACGCGCGGUUCCGGCCUCCUCCCGGGUGCAUCAGGUGCUCGACACCCUCCUUAAGAUUUAGGCGCCUGUGGCAGCAGCGAACAGGCGCGCGUAUGCAUCCCGCUGGCUUCCCCUGGGGGCUGAGGGUUUCCCAGAGCCGAGCUCCUCAGCCGACGGAGACCGGGCUGAGACAGCCCUGCAGAGACCGGGAGUCCGGUAGGCACCGUCCAGCGGCGAGCCCUGGCUCUGCAGGAGCCCCUUCUCCUCGGAGGCACCGUUCCCUUCCUCCCAAUCGGGCCCAGGUGCCCCGUGGGGGCAGAAGAAUGUGAGGGAGUGUCUGCCAGACUCACGGAGAGGAGAAAAAUUGAGAUACAGAUGCUUGAGACUCCCCCCCCCCACCCCCGCCCCACCCAGGGGCAGGGGUCUGAGUCCCUGCCGUGCCUACCCACAAACUGAUUUCUCACGGGGGACUGUCACCCCACCGGGGCGCAAGCCCCACUAUUACUUGAACUUUCCAAAACCUAGCGAGGAAAAGUGCAAUGCGUGUUGUAUAUAUAGAGGUAACUAUCAAUAUUUAAGUUCGUUGCUGUCAAGAUUUUUUUUGUAACUUCAAAUAUAGAGAUAUUUUUGUACGUUAUAUAUUGUAUUAAGGGCAUUUUAAAGCAAUUGCAUUGCCCCCCCUCCCCACUUAUUUUAAUACGUGAAUGUCUGAGCGAGAUGGAACAUUGCUGCGUGGAAUGUGUGAGAGCGUGUGCGUGCAAGACUGAUUACCUCUUGUGGAAGAAGGAAGCACCGUGUCUCUGUAUAUCUAUUACAUAAAAUGGGUGAUAUGCGAAAUAGCAAAUCAAUAAACUAUCUCGAUGCUGAUUAA